AUGGGCCCCUGUACCGCCUCCUCAUGCUGCUGCCAGGCCCGUAAUCUGCCAUGGGCCCCGUACCGACUCCUCAUGCUGCUGCCAGGCCCGUAAUCUGUCAUGGGCCCCUGUACCGCCUCCUCAUGCUGCUGCCAGGUCCAGAGUGUGUCAUGGGUCCCUGUACGGCCUCCCAUUGCUGCUGUCUCCAUCGCCACACUCUGCCAUGUGCCACUUUCAGGUCUCCUCACACUGCUGGUGGGUUCCAUUUUUUCAUAGGGUGCUGUAUGGCCUCCCAUUGCUGCUGCCUCCACCGCCACACUGUGGCUCCACACUCUGGUUUUGGCCCCGUGACUGCCCAAAUGAGUGAAGUGUGCGGUGAUUCUAAGAUCGACGGCACUCAUCUGCAUGUCAUACUGACUGACAGUAUUAUUUCUCUUCCCCAGCAGACUCCAAGGGCAUUUAAAUUAAAGGUACAGUGUUCUGCACUAAUAUAA